AUGGCUGUCAAAUUGUUCAGUUUAUUAUUCACGAGGAAUCCGGAACCACAAUGCACGGCUGUACCUGUAUUUGUUCGAGCUAGGACGGAAGUCCUCAAUAUGCACAGUGGUGGUAGCCUAAACUGGAUCACACUGGUUUUGCACUUUGCACAGAUCACACCUUUGCUCACAUCCACCUUUUUUCCAAGAGAAUGUGAGUUCAAUGCAGCUGUGAAAUACCAAAUUAGGCUUGACGUACAGAAUCAGUGCAUGAUAGCUUGCUACGAAGAGAGCGACUGCACCUUCGUUAAAUAUGAAAGCAUUAAGGGUACGUGUACUAUCUUCACCGACGGAAAUGUGGUGCAACAACCUAGUGAUGCGUUGUUUGAAAUCAAUCGAGGUCUAGAAGCUUCCUCAUGCGAGUCCAGUAUAACGGCACCAGAAGAAUUGGCGUUCAAGAGCAUCAAAGCUAACCACAACAGCAACGAAUCAUGCGAAGGAGGAACAAGAGAACGAAAUGACCUUACUACUGUCUACGAGUUCCAAAAAGGCUCCUUGCACUUCUAUUCAACUGAAUCUUCGGGAUUUCUGAUAGACGAAGGCACACUAAUUUAUAAGCACUUCUUUACAAGGAUUCCGGAGCCCGAAUGCACGGCUGUACCUGUAUUUGUUCGAGCUAAUCACCGUCGGUUGUUCUUUGGUAUCGCGUACAACACCACUGGCUACUACUUCCUCAAUGCCUAUGUGUAUGCGGAGCGUUGCGUGUGCAAUUCAGGAAAAUGCUGUGGAACGUCGAAAUUUCAAGAAUAUGUCGCUGAGGAAAGGAACUAUAUAUAUAGAGAUAACUCAGAGUUGCCGACCUCCGAUGUUAGUCAGAGCUUUUUUAUGGCCAGUCAAAUAAACCUCAAAUAA